GGGAUGGAAUAUGGCGCCAUACCUGAUGGAAGCAUCACUGCAUCUUCGUACUACCAUCCGGAUUUACGGCCCUUGUACGGUCGGUUAAACGGAGUUCGUGGUCACGGUUCCUGGGCAGCCACAACCAGCAUCAUCGGACAAUGGUUGCAGGUUGAUUUGGGAGAGAUGAAGCGCGUCACGGGCACCGUCAUUCAGGGUCGUAACCGAGGGGCCGAACAGUGGGUGACGUCAUACAAACUCCGGUACAGUGCAGAUGGGACUGUUUGGACCACAUAUCCGGGCAGCGAUGGAUCUGACAUGGUUUUUCCAGGCAACGCGGACAUGAACACUCCUGUGACGAACCUACUGGACAACCCCAUUACUGCCCGUUUUGUGCGCUUCUAUCCCCAAACCUGGCAUAAGCACAUGAGUAUGAGGGUGGAGAUUCUAGGCUGCAGCACUGACAGUAUGUUUCUGUUGUUGUCUUGGUUAGAGUCUAGUUCACUUGAUGUGUUUUAUUAA